CGUGUUGCAGGGCGCCAUAAAAGCAGCUCCCCACUUCGAUCCAGGGACGCGUAGAAGCUUGCGGUGCCUCCCCCCGACGCGACCCGAUCGAACUCCCCCUUUCUCUCUCUCUCUCCACGGAAUUCCCCAAGAUUUUCAUGUCCAUCUCGCCCACCGAGACCCAAGGACUCGCAUCGCCUCCCUCCUCUCGAGCUCUCCCUCCAAACCCUAGCCCCGACAAUGGCGACCGCCGCCCUGUUCAUUACCCCCUUCCGCCUGCCUCUCAGGUCUCCCCUCCCGUCUCCGGCGAGGCUCCAGGAACAUUGGCUACUGUUGCAGAGAGUUCUAGCGGAUCUUCCCAAAAGGUGAGUGCAUCAGGAAGUCCAAAUGAUAAAAAAUUUGGAUCUUCUCAGGCAAAAUGGAAGACAUCAGCGACCAAUGCUGCCCGAAGUCAGCGAGCUACUGGGUCCAUGGAUUCACUUGGAAGCCCUAUGCAAUCAGCAGGAAGAAGAGCACAAGUUGUGAGUGGGAAUCACCUGUUGAACUUCCAUUAUGACCCCAUUUCUCGUUCUCAAUCCAGGCAGCCUCCUCCUCCACCAAGAAGGCAACAAAAGAUAAAGCCGUAUAAUAAAGAUUUGUUCCUUCAGGCAAACUACAAGUUUGUUGUUCUCGAUUCUGCAGACUAUGAACCUGAUUUGAUGAAUCCGGAUAAAAUGUUACAGUGGGAGGACAUUAUAUGUGUUAGAUACUCAACCCCCUCUGCGGUGCAGUGUCCAAUUUGCUUGGACUAUCCUCUAUGUCCACAAAUAACUUCAUGUGGGCACAUCUUUUGUUUCCCAUGUAUUUUACAGUACUUGUUAAUGGGCAAGGACAAUUAUAGAGUCGACUGCUUCAAGAGAUGCCCCUUAUGUUUUGUAAUGAUAUCCCGAAAGGAAUUAUAUACUGUCCACAUCGAGAGUGUGAAGCAGUAUGUGGUUGGGGAUAUCAUCGAGUUUGUGCUUUUAACUCGAGAAAAAGAUUCCUUUAUUCCCUCGGAGAAAAAUAAGCAGGAAAGUGCUUCCAUGCAAUGCGACAUCAAUGCUAUAAACGAUGCUUUUUCAAAAUUUACCUUCACUGCGGAUGCCGAUUUAUCUAUUAGAAAAGCAAUAGCCGAACUUGAUGGGUGGCUAGCCAAGGCAGAUUCAGGGCUUGUUGAUGAUUUAGAGAAACUUCCCUAUGUAUCUGCUGCGAUAAAGGAAUUGGAGAAGAGAAAGAAGUAUUGGGAUGAGCACCGAGUUACGGAUGGUGAUAGAUCCUAUCAAAAUGGUGAUGCUAGUCAAACUCUAGAAGACAAAGAUCAGGAGAUGUCAUCUCAUAAGGAUGGAAAAAGUGCAGAAAAGAACUUGAGCAGCUCUGGGAAUAUAAAGGACAGGGAACUGUACAACUUCUACCAGGCUGUUGAUGGUCAAAAUCUUAUUCUUCAUCCAUUGAACGUGAAGUGCCUUUUGCACCAUUAUGGAAGCUAUGACAUGAUCCCGAACAGGAUAAGUGGGAGGAUUCUACAGUUGGAAACAGUUACUCAGUCAGAGUCCACCAGAAGACGGUAUCGCUACUUGAGUCAUUUUUCAUUGACCACGGCAUUUCAGCUUUGUGAAAUUGAUCUGACUGGCAUACUGCCUAGUGAUUCUUUGCUUCCAUUUAUGGAUGAAAUUAAGAAGCGCGAAAAGGAGAGGAAACAGCUAGCCAAAAAGGAAAGAAAGGAAAAAUUGAAGGCUGAAGCCUCUGAAGUUCCUAUGUCUAUACUAUAUGAUAUUGGACAGUCCUCCAGUCUUCGCUCCCCCACAUUUUCGGCAGAUGAUUUUGAAGCUCUCGGAAAUCCUGUGGUGAUGUCAUCAAGCCCUCCUGCUGUUGGAGAGAGGAAAACAUUCUCAAACGUAACAAGACUUGGAUUUGCUGCAGCACAUGAUUCUCCUGCCUUGAAAAAUGAGGACUCUCUUCGUGGGACCAGCUUGAAAAUUGAUUCUCCUGGUGGGGAAGAGGCAAAAGGGCCAUCUUUUGCCACAAUGAUAUCGAGAGCCAAGUUGGUCGAAAGCUUGGAAGCAUCUAAGGUGAGCGAGAUGGGAAAGAAGGGGAAGAAACAGUCUCAAGUCCUCUUGUCCACAGCUGGUGGACGGCGCUACUAACAUACGAUCUUGUCUAACUUUCUUGUGUUUAUAAAAGACAUGAUCCACUCGACCAUAGCUGUGAAAUCUGUAAAUUAGUUUGACCUACCUCUCCCUCUCACCUGUAGAUGGUUCUUGAAUAAAGUGGAGAUUCAGAAAUAAGUUGAAGUGGCCAUCGUGUUGCUUGUUUCCA